UGUUAGUACUCAGUCGUUUCGUGUAAUUUCCAGAGGAAGGAGUGGCUUCACUCGGCUGUCAAACCGGUACUCGUGUAUUCUUCAUUUGCUAAAUUACUCGGCAACAGGUAAAAAUGACGUAUCGUCUGACUUACUUCGACAUCACGGGUCUGGGGGAAUCUCUCAGGUACAUGUUGAGUUACGGUGGUAUUAAAUUCGAGGACCGGAGACUGAGUUUCGAUGACUGGCCCAAGUACAAAUCUGAGAUGCCGAUGGGGCAGAUGCCUCUCCUGGAGAUCGAUGGAAAAAAAUAUCACCAAUCGAAAUCGAUAUUGCGUUAUCUCGCGAAAAAAUUCAAUCUCUACGGGGCCGACGUCGAGGAGGCGUACCAGAUCGACGCCGCGGUCGAUGACAUGGACGACUUAAGAAUCGCCAUAUCGACUUGGUACUGGGAGAAGAAUGAAGCAGCCAAGGAGAAGAUGAAGGAUACAGCCAUGCAGAAGAUGAGCUUUAUCCUCGGUAAAUUCGAGGAACAGGUGAAAAAGAACAACGGCUACUUCGUCAAUGGAAAACUAUCCUGCGCUGACAUACUCUACGCCGCAUACACAGAUUAUAUAUCUCGAGUGUUGGGAUACGAUUCCAACAAGGAUUAUCCGGCCCUCAAGAAACUCGUGGAAACUGUCACAAAGAAUUCAAACAUCAAGGCGUACCUGGACAAGCGUCCAAAAACCAUGAUUUAAAAAUAUCCUUCAACUUCUGGCAUUGGUGUAUCGUUUACCCUACAAUAAUCUCUUUCCUUUAAUUUUCUCCCGAUAUAUUCCAGGAAUUUCCGAGUGACCUCGUUGUUUCAUCGAUGGAAAACUUGCGGGAGUCAUUCAAUUCAAAAUAUCAAUAUUUUUUAUCAUUUUUAUUGCCUUCAAAUAAUUUUCUGCAACUCCAGUUUAUCCACGAAUUUUUUAAUUCAUCGAAAAUGCAUUCAGAAAAUAAUUAGAAUUAUUUAUUUGGAUGAAACGAGUAAGAAAAAAGUGGGAAGGGUAAUUAAUGACGCAAUUCAAUCAACAAAAUUGAUAGUUUAUUAUAUAAUUUACAAUGUGAGUCAUAUUGGAUAUUAAAAUUCAGUUGGAUAUCCUUAAA